GUGUGCCGUAAAGUAAAACUGCCGCUCUGGCUUUUGCGUCCGCUGCCGCCGUUGCUCUCUCCAGCGCGCUCUGCAGAAAGCAAGACUGUCGACUAAUAGAAAAUGAUGAAAAAGAUUGAAUUACUUUCGAAUGACAGCCCAAUGAAUCCUGAAGACAAAUGAGUAAAAUCAAUAAAAACGUGAUUUUGGCUCUUUUAACUCUGACAAGUUCAGUGUUUCUGCUAUUUCAGUUAUACUACUACAAGCACUAUUUAUCUCCAAAGAAUGGAGCUGGUUCAUCAGGAACUAAAGGAAGUAAAGUUGGAAACAAUAAUAUACAAUGGCGUGCAGUUAAGAAAUUUCUUAAGCUAGCAUCAAGCCAAGAUAUGCCAGUUUUUCUUAUUGAUCCUUUGAUUCUGGAAGCGAUUAAUAGAGAUUUUGAGCAGGUUAAAAACUCUUCUUAUGGCAGUGUCUCGGAAUGUAAGUACUUAUGUGCUAAAAGAGACUUUACUACAUUUGCACUACUGGAUCAUCUAUUGAAAAAUGAGGAGAAUUGGUUUCAAAUAGCUGAGAGAAUGGGAUUCCAGUGCCUAAAGAUUCAGAACAAAGAUCCCCGCCUAGAUGGAAUAGAUUACCUCUCUGGAACUGAAAUCCCCUUGCACUAUAUCCUCAAGCUAGCAACUCAUGCCAUUCACCUGGUGAUUUUCUAUGAGAGAAGUGGCAACUACCUCUGGCAUGGACAGUUACGACUUAAAGGACACUCAGACAGAAAGUUUGUGCCUUUUCGGAAGUUACAGUAUGGUCAUUAUCCAGGAGCUUUUGACAGGCCAGAAUUACUACAGGUUUCUGUUGAUGGACUAGAAGUACAGAUUCCAAAGGACCUUACCCACUUUCUAGAGGAAGUACCCCAUUCUAGGUUUAUUGAAUGUAGGUUCAAAGAAGCGCGUGCUUUCUUUCAGAAGUACCAUGGUGACAACUCUGUGGAGGCAAUGCUGUUUCAGAAGAAUGCAAAAGUAUUGUUACACCUGGCAGCUGCAACAUUAAAGGAUUUGGGUGUCCGAUUUUGGCUCAGCAGUGGGACUUGUCUUGGCUGGUAUCGGCAGUGCAAUAUUAUUCCUUACAGCAAAGAUGUGGAUUUGGGGAUUUUUAUACAAGACUAUACAUCAGAUAUAAUUACAGCUUUUCAGAAUGUAGGACUUCCAUUAAAACACAAGUUUGGAAAGGUAAAAGACAGUUUGGAGCUAUCUUUCCAAGGAAAAGAUGAUGUGAAACUUGAUAUUUUUUUCUUCUAUGAAGAGACUGAUCACAUGUGGAAUGGAGGCACUCAGGCCAAAUCAGGAAAAAAAUUUAAAUACCUGUUUCCUAAAUUUACACUCUGUUGGGCAGAAUUUGUAGAAAUAAAGGUCCGGGUGCCCUGUGAAACUCUCAACUACAUUGAAGCCAACUAUGGCAAGACCUGGAUGAUUCCUGAGAAGACUUGGGACUGGAAGAGCUCCCCAUUUAAUGUACAGCCCAAUGGGAUCUGGCCUGUUGCUGAAUGGGAUGAUGUUAUUCAAUUAUACUAAGUCAUUGAACUUAUUAUUAAACAAGAUAUUUCUCCUUGUCAAAAGAAGUUCUUAAAUUUAAUAUUUUUAUGUUAUAAAAAUUACUGGUUUUUGUCAAAUAUUCUUACUUAAAUGGAAGGAGAAAAAAAAGAUUCAGAUGAACAAAAGUAUUUUUAAAAACCAACCCAGACCUCUAGCCAGCUGACUUGGUAUCUAUUUCUUUAUUCUUUAAAACUAAAAGAUCAGGUGAAUUAGGAAGUCAUUUUUUCAGGUGUAUAAAGAUGAUAUUAAGUUCAUGGGGCCGUUAUAUCUCAGGAACGAUGUGGUAUGAGACCUAUUCAGACUUUUAAAAAAAUGCUAAAAGCUUUUGUGACUGUUUCUUAUAAUUCUAAAGUAUAAUUCAGUUAAAACUGAAUGAAAAGGUAUCCAUCUACUAAUAAAUCAGUCCCUUUCUUCUCCAUCUCUUAGUUUAGUAGUUUUCUAGCUUUCAGUUAAGAUCACUAGUUUCUGAUUAUAUUUCACAGAUUCCCUUUCCUCUUAACAAUUUUUAGAUGGUCUUCUGUUUAUCAUCAAAUCAUAAAUUAUGCAUAUUGUCUAUUCUUUACUGAUCUUCCAGUAGGAAUUCUCCAUUUUUAUGCCAGUCAACUAGAUGUUCAGGUCCCAGUUUUCCCCCAUUUAUUGUGUCUCAUGAUGUCUUGAUAAAUCUUUUUCUGUUCCCAGGAUGUCUCAUUCAAUCUAUUAUGUUCCUGGAGCUAACUCUCCUGAUCCAGACCUAUUCUUAGCCAAAGCCAAAAAUAAUAUGAGAUUUAGCUGGCAAAGGUGUUCUUUAUCCAAGUUGUUUUAAUUAUCUGUACUUUUUUGUUGGUUUUUAAAUCCAACAUCUGUGCUGAUGUUCUGUUAGUACAAGUAGUUAAAAGCUGAUUUUAUCAGUUCCAAUUUGUAUCUUCAAACCAAUUUUAGCAUUCCUUACAUUAGCUUCAUACCCUCACCCUGCCCUUCCUCACAUAUAGUUGGCAGGUGGGUACAUAAGUUGGAGAGGGAGAAGAGAAAGAGAGGAUGAUUUCCCCUCACAUUCUCUCCCCUCCUAUUCCAUCCAGUUUUACCUAAACAAAACUAAGAGACAGAAUACAACACGAGCAUGGGAUUUCAUUUUCCUGAUUUAAAAACAGUAAUUCACUUGUUAGUGCUUUUGGCAAAUGACCAAUCACAAGUAGAAAGCAUGGAUUUUCAGAAGAGGCCCAUUUUUUUUGGGGGGGGGACUUUAUGCUAAGAUUAUCCUCUCUUUAUGAAACAGAUUGAUUAAAUUACCCUAGUUGAUAACUAAUUCUGUGUCUGCUUUCAUAAGGGGUGAAAACUUUGUCAUUUCUAAUAUGAAGGAAUUUACAGUCUUACCUUUAAAAGGGGGCGGAGGGGGGGUUAUACUAUCCAUAUAACUGAAUUCAGAAGCUGGUUAAUAUUUAAUUAUAUUUUAAUUUCUGCAGCCCCAUAACCAAAUGUUAAACAUUUUAGCCAUGCAGAGAAAUAUUCACUAUUCUGUCACUUAGGGGGCCCAAUAUUUCCCCAAUAGAACUAGAUUAAAAAGUGAAAUGUUGAAAUACAGACACAUAUAUUUAUAUAUUAAGAAUAAAGAAGGAUUUUUAACCAUGUACAGAACUAAGUGUUUAUUUACUAAUUAUUUCAUUUUGUCAAAGUCUGUGAAUAUUCUACUGUAUUAAUGAAAUUGAUGUUUAUUUCUUCUGAAAAAAUUUAUUGUGGUUUUGGACAGAAUUUUAAUACAUGUUGUGUUAGAUGAUGAAUAAAAAUUUUCCAAUAUCUUAAAA